AUGGGGGAGCGGCGGGCCGCGUCCCGGGGGCGGAGCCGGAAGUCGCUGUGCGGUGCCUGGAGCUGCAGCUGUCCAUCACGGGAGUCGUGCAGCUGCGGCUCCUCUUGGCCUCACCCGCCGGCGGCCUGGCCUCAGGGUCUCCAUGGCAGCCGCAGCCACUGCAGCUACCGGCGUCUCAUCAACAACUUCGAGGACGUCCUGAGGCGGCGGCUGCGGGGGCGCUUCAGUUCUUCAUGGUUGUCCCCGUCUCUCAAGAACAGCGUACUAUCCUGCACCCAAAGACAACCACCAGCAACUGAAGCACUUCUGUUAUCUCAAAAGCACAAGCAGAAAAUGAAAGGGGAUACCGUGAAUGUGCGCCGCAGUGUCCGAGUAAAAAGCAAAGUCCCCUGGAUGCCCCCAGGCAAAACAUCCAUCAGAGAUUCAUCUUACAAGUGGGAGGGACCAACACAUCGCCUGGAAAUCACUCCUCCAGCUUCGGAUAAGUUACUGUCAGUGCUCCGCUUGAGUGACCUUUCGACAGAAGAGGAGGACACCUCUCACUGCAAGAUGAACAAGUAUGAGAAGAAGAUAGACAGCUUGCUGAACGUGGUGGGCUCUUUAAAAAAUGAGUGUUCACAGGUCAAAAUACCCAAGCGGGAUGAGUCGCGAUGCGUGGCCAAGCGUCUACUCGAAGAGCAGAAGGAAGAGCUGGACGAAGUCACUCAGGAACUGGUGGAGACGGAACAUGAAAACACUAUCCUCCGGCGCAAUAUUGAACGUAUGAAAGAGGAGAAAGAUCUUUCCGUCCUGCAGAAGCGACAUUUGCAGCACGAGAAAGAGUGUCUGAUGACCAAGCUCGUGGAGGCAGAGAUGGACGGAGCAGCGGCUGCGAAGCAGAUCCAAGCCCUGAAGGAUGCGAUCAACAAGCUGAAAACUGAGAAGCACAUGACUGUUUCGGACAUCAACACGCUUACCAGGCAGAAAGAGCUGCUGCUGCAGAAGCUGAACACUUUUGAGGAAACGAACCGGACACUCCGAGACCUGCUGAGAGAGCAGCACAAUCGGGAGAAAGAUGCUCAGAAGUUGGCGGAACAGCAGGCGGUGCUGAUGAAGAGACUGACCGAUUCUGACGCAGAGAAAGCGCAAUUGUUAAAGAAGCUGCAGGAAAAAGAAAAGGAAGUGGAGGAUCUCUUGGUCCAGAUACAAACAGAAAAGGACCAAGCAAAGACAGCAGCUGAACUCUCCAAAUCUAUGGAAGCUGUGAGGGGCCAUUUGCAGGCUCAGCUGCGCAACAAAGAAGCUGAGAACAACCGCCUGAAUAUCCAAAUCAAGAACCUAGAGCGUGCUGGGACUCAACACAAGGCAGAGGUGGAGCAUAUCAUGGAACAGCUGAAGGAGCAGAGAGACAAAGGGGAGCGCGAGAAAGAGGCGCUGAAGAAAGCCAUCCGUGCUCAGAAAGACCGAGCGGAGAGGAGUGAAGAAUACGCGGAACAGCUGAAUGCCCAGCUGGCAGAAAAGGACAACUAUGUGACCGAGGCGCUGUCUACCCUGGAAUCUUGGAGAGGCCGCUACAACCAGGUUGUCAAAGAGAAAAGCGAUCUGGAGCUUGAGAUUGUCAUGUUGAACAGCCGAAUUUCAGACCUUCUCGAUCAGCAAAAUGCUAUAGAAGGCAAGAUGCGAGAAGACCGAGAUGCCUUGGUGGAUAAAUUCCAUCGGCAGGCCACGGAGAGCGCUUCUUUCAAACUGGAGAAUGAGAGGCUGAAGAAUAGCAUGAUUCCUCUGGAGGAGAAGUUGAAUAAAGCUCAGAUGGAAGUGGCCCAGCUCAAAGCGUCACUCAAGAACUAUGAAGGGCUGAUUGAAACCUACAAGAAUCAGGUAUUGAAAACCCGAAUGGAAGCGGAUGAUGUGGCGGUGAAACUGGAGCUCUGUGACAAAGAGAACAAAACACUUAAAGAAGAAAUGAACAAAGAGAUUGAAAAUGCUCGUAAGCAGUUCCAGCACCAGAUUGCCGAGCUGGAAAAGCUUCCCGAUAUCCUGAAGCUGACCGAGACCAAAUUGGCUGAGUGUCAGGAUCAGCUCAAGAGUUAUGAGAAGAAGAACAUGGACCUGUCAGCCAUGAUUACAGAUCUCCGUCAGCGGAUCGAGCUCCAGGGAGACAAAAUGGAGAUGACGAGAGAGAAGUAUCAGUCGGCCCAGGAGGAGAACAAGCACCUGACCCUAAAGCUGGAGGAACUGGAAAGGAAGCUGGACGUGACGAGCGCUCAGAACAUAGAAUUCCUCCAGGUCAUUGCCAAAAGGGAGGAGUCGAUCCAUCAGUCCCAGCUGCGGCUAGAGGAGAAAACCCGGGAGUCCGGCUCUUUGGCACGCCAGCUGGAGAUGGCCAUUGAUGAUGCGAAGAGGCAGCUGGAACAGACGAAGGACCGAGCAGCAUCGCGCGAGAGAACGACCCAGUCCAAGAUUCUGGAUUUGGAGACCCAGCUGAGCCGGACGAAGACAGAUCUGAAUCAACUGCGGAGGGGCAGAGAAGAUGCGGAGCGUCGCUACGAAAGCCACCUCCAGGACCUGAAGGAUCGCUUGGAGCAGUCAGAGAGCACCAAUCGCAGCAUGCACAACUACGUCCAGUUCCUCAAGUCCUCUUACGCCAACGUCUUUGGAGACAGCGUCUUGACGAGCUCUCCAAUCCGUCCCCGAUCGCCCCUCUGAUGUGAACCUUCCCCCUCCUCCCCACAGCCAAAACCCUGUUGCUACAAGCCCAAGUGCAGAAGCUGGGGAGAUCUACUUUUAAAGCCAUAUCUUGUUAACAAAAAAGGACAGAUAUUUUUGGAGCCUGGGUAGCUCAGGGUCUUUAUUGGGUUGUUUGUGCAAGAUAACACUUCUUUGUACUUAGGACAGAAGGCGGGAUGGAACGAGGACAUCAAGGGCUGCACCGCUUCACAAGCCAUAUAAAAACCAGAAAAAGCGGGGAACUUUCACACACACUUCAACCUUUCUAGUGCCUUACACUAAUGACUUCUCUUACAGGUUGUCUUGGAGAAUUUUUCAUGAUCUUGUAUUUUCACUGACGUUUUAUGGCCGCUUUUGUCAGGAUUCCUGAAACUUCCGAAAUCACGUCGACCGGAUGCAGAACAAACGGGAUGUUUGAAAUCGGCUGUCCACAGAACUGUGAUCUCAGCCUCAAGGCUGUACCUUUGGGUGGAGGGCUUUGGGGCAGUGCACACAGACCAUUGCCUACGUUGACAUUUUUCCAGUUAUUCCAGUGGGGAAGCCAUCAGCUCAAAGUGUAAAACCGUUUCAGAAAAGAAGUAUUUGCAGAGAAAUAGCACUUUUAAGGAGAAGGGUUUGACUGACUGUCCUCUCCUUACUAAGAUUUGCUUUAAAGGGGCUCUUGGGAUCCAUUUUAUAGAUCCAGGUCAUCCUAUGGGUUCACCAGUCUCUAAUGAGUAAGUUGGUGAAAAGCAAUGAAAAUUUUCAGUUACAUAUCAUCUGAUUAUUUUCAUGCUCCUUCAUAUGUACAUGCGUGGGUGGGUGUGAUCUUGCAGAGAUUAUGGAUAAGCCCUCUGUUGCUGUUUCAGGUGCCUUAUAUCUUGAUUCCUAUAGAUCUUAUGGGGGAGGGGUCUAGGACUGUUUUGUGCCGUUUGCUUUUCCUCCAGUACAGCACCUGGGUUGCUUAAACACUCUCCUGCAUUUUCUGUUUUUGCAAAAUGAGAUUUCUUACAAAGAACAAUCUUUUAUCUUCCCCCGUAUUUAUGUCCUGUCGACUUGUUCCUGAAUAAAUGGUUCUUAUGAUCGGUGUUUUAGAAAAAUCAGCCAAUUGUUAUGCUUUUUUUUUUUCUUUGCAUUUUUAAUACAUGUAUUUAUGUAUGAGGCAACUGAUAAAUUUUAGUUAAUUUUUUUUUUUAAACUUUCAGAGUUAAUGUGUGACUUAAAAAAAAGAAAUGGAACGUGAUAAAUCUUUGAAGUAUAGUGAA